CUGCUUCUGGUCACAGACAUUCAAAGAGAAACAGAGAAAAAAACAGAGUUUCAAACUUGAAAGAAACAGAGUAAGAGAGAGAGAGAGAAUCAGUCGAUCAAAAAUGGGUAAUAGUUUGAGGUGUUGUUUGGCUUGUGUUCUUCCUUGUGGAGCUCUAGACUUGAUCCGUAUAGUCCACUUGAAUGGCUGCGUUGAGGAGAUUACAGGUCCGGUCACCGCCGGCGAGAUCCUCAAUGCCAAUCCCAAUCACGUCCUGAGCAAACCAUGCUCUCAGGGCCAAUUGCGUAAAAUCCUAAUCCUCUCACCGGAAUCAGAGCUCAAGCGAGGCAGCAUAUACUUCUUGAUUCCGUCUUCUUCGUUGCCGGAGAAGAAGAAAGACAAGAAGAAAUCCUCCUCCUCCAACAACAGCAGCAAAAUAUGCAACUCCAAUGAUUUACCGGUCGAGAAGUGCGAUCGUUAUAAUGUAAAUUCCGACAAGAAGUCCGGUCGUCGGAGUCGUCGGGCUAGUCGUGACAUGGUGUGGCAGCCUCAUCUAGCGAGCAUCGCCGAGGACUAAAAGGUUUUUCCGGUGCCGGAAGCUUGUAUUUCCAGAGGCUAAUCCAGCCACGUGGCGCCACUAUAGUUAAUGGAGGUUUUUUAAAUUCCUUUUGUGGAUAAAGAAUUUGAUUAAUCUUCUUGUUUGGGUCUGCGUAUAAUUAAGUUCAGAUCCGGGGCUUCGAGACUGAGAUCAUGGUCUGAUUGGAUCAAGAGAAAAUGUAAUGACUCAGAUAAAGAAAUUAAUUUGUACUAAUCAGUCAAGGAAAAUGUUGUCUUUACACCUCAUCAAAAGUUGUAAAUAUGCACCAAUGAGAGGUGUUUUGAUUAACAA